CCCCACCCUUUGAAUUUAGUUUCAUUUGGUUAAAGGUCAAUGUAUAGUGUCUAAAAUUUGUUGAUAAACUUGUUUAUGUAUCAUUCUUAUCAAAUAAACAUUGCUUGCACCUUUCAUCAGCUCCAGUCAUGGCAAGAGUAAAAACAUUUAUUAGGAUUAAGCCAUCAGUUGAUUCAGGUUAUAUAAAAUAUGACAAAUGUCAAAUUACCAUUGAAGACAAAAAAAUGCGAUAUGAAUUUGAUGAAAUAUUUGGGCCUGAAACUUCACAGAGCAGCUUUUAUGAUGCUGCUGUGGCACCAUUUGUAAAGGAUGCUUUAGAAGGCUUCAAUUGUACCUUCAUCACCUAUGGACAAAGCAAGAGUGGAAAGGCUUACACACUGGAUGGCACUUCACCUAUAAAUCUUUUCUCCAUAACAAAUGAGUGCAAGAGUGGAAUAAUUCCAAGGACUUGUAACGAUGUACUGAAAACUCUCUACUGUUCAGGAAAUAUUGAUUUUAUGGUCAAAAUAUCAUAUUUUGCAAUAUGCAAAGAAAAGAUUGUCGACCUCUUGGCUGAUAGUUUCACUGAAAAGAAACUGAAAAUUUGUGAAGGAUCUAAAGGAGAAAUGUAUGUUCAAAAUUUGAAAGAGGUUGUGGUAAAAAACAUCCCUGAAUUCAACAGAGUCCUAAAAGAGGGCAAUAAAAAAAUGUACACUUCAUUAAAUAAACAAUCAAGUUUCUUCCACUCUGUUUUUACAUUAAAGGUUAUUGUAAAUAAUAACAUGUCUAAUACAUGUAAAAUUGGUAAAAUAACUUUUGUUAAAUUGGCUGGAUCAAACCCUACAUCAUUUUCUGGAGUUACCAGUGGUACUGAGUCGCAGAAUGAAAAUUUAGAAAAGUCACUGUCAACUCUAAGCCGUGUUAUCACACAUUUGGCCAAUGGAACUGCAUACAUCCCUUUCAGGAAUUCAAAUUUAACUCACUAUCUGAAAAGUUCGAUUCAAGGAAACACAAAAACAGUUCUGAUCGCCACUUUGUCUGCUGCUCACAAGGAUGUUGAUGAAACACUUAAAACUCUCAAUUUUGCAACUCUAGCAAAGAGUUUGAUAAACUUUGUUUUUGCAAAUAUUUUAAGAAGCGAUGAAUUAAAGGCACAGAGAAUUUACUAUGAGCGUGAAGUACGUAAAGAGUAUGUAGAACUAAAGUCAACUAACCCAACACUCUUUAAUGAAAAAUUGAAAAGAGAAUUGGCACAAAAGCACCAAGAUGAAAAGGAAGUUCAGGACUAUCUAAACAAACUAAAGGAAAAGAACUACUUUCGAAUUCAAGCUCAACAAAAGCUGAGAAAUGAGAAACAAAUAAAACUUAAAAUGGACUAUGCAAAUAUGAAAGUGGAAAUUGAUAAAUUAAGGAAAGAAAUUACAGAAUAUGAACAUUCGUUUAGAUCUUUUGAAAAUAAUCUCACCAUUAUGAAAGAGGGGAUAAUGGAUACAUUGUGGAAAACUUAUGUACAUAAUUCUUUAGAGAUUAUCAGCAACACAAACAACUUAAAAACUAAUGUACAAGAGAAACAGGGAUUAGAAAAACGACAACUACAAAAAAAUUCUUGUUCAAGCAAAUUCAAUACACAAGUUAAGAAGUUUGUGCAUAUAGAAACAGAAAUAGAGGGACUUAUUAAAGAAAUUCAUGAUAAAUCAAAGCAAUUGACAGAGUUGCAUAAUUGUGCAGCUGAAAAAAUAAAAAAAAUAAAUUUGUCUGCUUAUGACUGCAUUCCAGUUCAUGAAUACAAAAAUGAUAUACAAGGUGUCAUGAAAUCAUUUGAAAGAGAUUUCAACUUAUUGCAGACUAACUUCAUGACAAAGAAAAAUACUAAUAUCAAUUUUCGUGAUCAUGUGAGUUUGCUGAUAUCGAUUUUAAAGGAGAAUGUUAAACAAACAAAGAUAAGUUCCUGCUAGUAAAUUUUAUGUCAACAUUUUCAAACUAUUUAAAUUUAACACUAUGAAUUUUUUUAUUGCAUUUAUUGUCAUAUUAUUUCAAUGUAUUAGAUAUUAUUUGAAAGUCAAACUUGUUUAUUAUCAUUACACAGUCAAUAAAUGGUAGAUGAAGUUUGUUUUUAAUAUUUAACUCUGGUACUAACAAUACAUAUACACACAGUCGCAGAAACAAACCAUUAUUGCCAAGAAGAAGAAGAAGAAGAAGAAGAAAUAGCGGAACAUUGUUGGUGUGAAGGCCUAAGCAGGCUGAUUUCUACUCCUUCAAAGCCUGAAGGAAAGGAUGAAGGCAACCCUUAAGUAAGCUUUGAACCCUGACAAAAAGCCUCAAGCUUAACAAACAGCUCUACAUAUUAACAAAGAUAGGCAAUUAUUAGUGACACUGCUUAAGGUUAUAAAGAGGCCACCUCCUUCUAGCCUUAACCUUAACUACUAAACCUGGACGGCUGAAUGAACACUGCAGACUCCCGAGACAUAUGUAGAGACUCAUAGCCGCAGAAACAGGCCAGAUAUUGCCAGGAAGAUGAAGAAACAGUGGAACUAGUCCUUUGUCGGUGCGAAGGCCUCAGCAGGCUGAGAUUCUUACUCCUCCAAGACCAAAAGGACACAGACAACCCUUUCAGAUCUGAUAAAAAGCUUUAGGCUUAAUGAACAGUCCUAGAUAAUACUGGAGCUUGUACAAUUGACCAAUAUUGGCUGCGGUGCAAUAGGCCAUAAAGAGGUCAACUCCUUCUAACCUUAACCUUCAUUGACUAACAGCAGAACUACUAAAUCUUAACUGAAAACUGCAGACUCUGGAAUCACAUGUAUAUUCUCAGAGCAGCAGAAACAAACCAGACAUUGUCAGGGAGAAGAAACAUAACCAGUGGAACAACCGUGUUGGUGUAAAGCCUAUUCACAAGACGCUUACAAUUGGGAGAGGAAAAGCCAAAUCCUGAACAAUACACACUGUAGGCCUUAACAAAAUUUAGGGAUCUGAUUAAUGAAUAGCUUUAGACAACAAAGGAGAUGCACAAUAAAUAUUGGUCGUAAACAGGCCAACUCCUUUUAAUCUUAAUCAUACAUACUUCGCAGUAAGAUAGAAAAGCGUUGUAUCUGAUCUAGUUUCUGCAUAAUUCGUGAAAUUUCCUCUUAAGGUCCAUCGUCAACAGUGAGGAUAGGCAUUUGGAAGACCAAGAUAAUCGGUAUGGAUCAAAUUACAUGUUUUGCAUAUUUAUUGAGGUUUGGUGUAAUUGUUCACUGAAGAUUACAAUAUAAUGUAGAAAGACCCAGUAAAGUGAUCAAGUCUGGAUGAGAUGAACAUUGAAUUUUUGAAAGAUGAAAAUGAUAAAUAAUUAUUCGAGAUCUUCCUUUUUAAAAACGUUUAUUUAAAAAGUAGUAGCUCCGCCGAUAUACAGGAGAAGUGUACACAGAAUCUAAUCUAAUUACCCUCGGUCCAUCAUUAAGUCACCUUGGGUUAAGGGGGAGAAAAAUGCAAUUGUGCUUAAUCGACAUCUUAUAAGCCGAGUGCAUUUUUCUGUUCAAGUAAUAUUGUAUAUAUACUGUGUAAUAUUGUAUAUAUACUGUGUAAUAUUGUAUAUAUACUGUGUAAUAUUGUAUAUAUACUGUGUAAUAUUGUAUAACUAAUAUUGUUUAUAAUAUAAUAUAUAUAACUCCUCCACCCUUAGAAUAAAGCUUCUCCUGGGGGGUCGUCGUUUACUACCUUUAUUUUGUGUUUAUUUUUAUUUACAAUUUUAGUUUUUAUGCAUCUAAUUAUAAAUAUUAUUGUUUUAAUAAUGAUUAAAAUAUAAAAGAAUAAUGUCCAUAGGCUUAAAUUAACAUGUACAUAUGGUAAAAUAUUAUUUUUUGUCACAAAAUUUGGAGAAAGCUAGAUGUUGAAAUUGGAGAUUUGUUUUGGUCCAAAUGUGAGGUUGAAAUUGAUGCUUGGUUUUCCAUGGCUCGUUGUCCGAUAGACGAGUGGGUAUCCUUUGUAUAUUAUUUCGCUGUUGCCUGGUUUUAACAGAAAUAUACCUUCCAGGAU